CAGACAGAAACAGAAACAGCAGGAGAGAGGGGGAACCGGAGAGAGAGAGAAGAGAAGCCAAAUCUCGCCUGCGAUUGUGGCCGGCCGGCGUCGUCCCGUCCGUGCUCGGCGAGAUGGAGGCGGAGUGGGACUGGGACGGGACGGACCCGCAGGACGCCACGGAGAUGGACGAGUUCGAAAGGGUGGCGCUCGCCGCCGGGGUGCUCGACGUGAACCCGGGCGGCCAGGAGAGGUUCGAGAGGGAGUGGGAGCAGAUGGAGGACGAGAUCUACCGCCAGGUGCUCGCCAUCGGCUCCUUCGCGAGGUUGGAUAAUGAUGGGGAUGGACGUAGGGAAUUCGGUCGUCAAACCGCACUGCACACCUAUCUUGGCGACGUUGAUGAUAUACCGGGCAGAAAAGCUACUCUCUUAGAUGCUGGUUCGAUCCUCACCUUGCCAAUGCUCUUUCUUCAUGGUGUCGUCCUGUUUCCUGGAGCUACCUUGCCUCUGAAACUAAUUGAGGCUAGGUUUGUGGCAGCUGUCGAGAAGGCUUUAAGCCGUGAUGAUGCUCCAGACACAAUAGGCGUGGUUCUCAUGCACGGACGACCAAAUCAUCGAAAUUAUGCUAAUGCUUCAGUUGGAACCACAGCAGAGAUACGGCAACUUGGACGGUCGGAUGAUGGUUCAAUAAAUGUUAAAGCACGUGGUCAGCAACGAUUUCGUCUGAUCCGUUACUGGGCGGAUGUUGAUGGGGUGGUGUGGGGUGAGGUUCAAAUUAUCGAGGAAGAUCCUCCACUAAGAACUCCAAGAGGUGCAUUUGCACAGCUAGCUGCAUCUAGGAGCUGCCGGCUGCAUACUUCUUCACCAGUUAUGAGCUUGGAUGUGUCACCAAUGAAACAACAGGGCCAUAUGGAUUCAGGUCUACAUGGUGAUACUCCUUCUGCAAGUGAUUCAAGUUCACAGUCUAGCAAUUCAAUGAAGCCCUAUGUUUCUGGUCAGUCAGGCGAGAAUGCCAAUAUGGAUGAGGAGGAUUCUACUUGCUCGACACCCUCGAGUACAAGAACAGAUACAAAGAACCAGUACAACGCUGCUAAUUACUCGAAGCAGCCUCUUCAGGCAUCAUUGGCCUUUUGGCCUCAAUGGGCUUAUGAAAUGUAUGACCCAUAUUCACUUGCUUGUAGAGCUGCUGAUUUGUGGAGACUGAUAAUCAAAACGCCAAGCAUUGAUGAGCUUGUAAAAAAACCAGAUCUUUUGUCAUUUUACAUCGGAAACCAACUUCCAGUAUCGGAACCUGUGAGACAAAAAUUGCUGGAGAUUAAUGGGGUUUCGUAUCGCCUACGAAGGGAGAUCCAGCUUCUAAAGGCCUGUGAUCUUAUAAAAUGUGGAUACUGCAAGUCCGAAAUAGCAAAGCACAGCGAUGUGGUGGUGAUGUCUAGCGAUGGGCCUCUUGGUACUUAUGUCAACAAUCAUGGGUACGUGCAUGCAACGAUUACUGUGAACAAUGCGACGGGGCUUGCUCUCGAGGGGGAUCCCACAGAAGAACACAGCUGGUUUCCAGGGUACGCUUGGACUAUCGCGUCGUGCGCGUCCUGCGGUUCCAGCAUAGGUUGGCUGUUCAGUACCACCAAGAGGCAUCUGCACCCGAAAUCCUUCUGGGGGAUCCGCAGCUCCCAGAUUGCGGAUGUUGUAGAUGUAGAACAACAACAGGAGGAAGAAUGAUGCCGUUCUCCAUGUACAGCGAGCCCUGUCUUGACUUGUGCCGUCUUCUUUUCCUCCGUUUCCGCAGACUUAGAACCUAGAGUGAGAGUGUGGCGCCUGCGCCAUCCUUGUCGCGCUCUCGUUUUUAGCCUAGACCCAUAUAUACCCGCCUUUCACCUAACAACCACCCUCUUCUUGGCCUUGUUGUGUGUAUUGUCUGCUUGUGUGUGCGCGUAGCCCGUUUCAGAAACCUUCUGAGAUGCAUGUAGUGUACACACCUAGGCUGGAUAAUAAGUUUUCCGGAUGCUAAACAAAGCAUGUCUGUGGAAGUCUGUACUUAAAUAAGUGUGUUAUGUUGAAAGAGAAGUCUAGCUCCAUUUGAAAUGAUGCUUGGAAAUUUGGCUUCUUUGUA